AGCCCAAUAGCAAUACGCAACCCCAUUUCAUAUCUGUCAGUUAAUAUCUCUGCGACUCAUUUCCUCGAGCAGAAGGUAUUGGUGUUGGAAGAAAGAGAGAGAGAGAGAGAGAGAUGGAGAAAGCAAUCGAGAGGCAGAGAGUCCUUCUCCAGCAUCUUCGCCCCAAUUCAACCUCUUCCUCCCUCGAGAACAUCGAAUCAUCAAUAUCUGCAUCUUUGUGUGCUGCUGGGGAUAGUGCAGCAUACCAUAGAACCUCAGUUUAUGACGAUGAUGUAGUCGUAGUGGCGGCAUGUCGGACUCCACUUUGUAAGUCAAAGAGAGGAGGUUUCAAGGAUACUUAUCCUGAUGAUUUACUUGCUACAGUUUUGAGGGCAUUGAUAGAAAAAACAAAUGUAAAUCCUAGUGAAGUUGGAGACAUUGUUGUGGGCUCAGUACUGGCUCCAGGAUCUCAAAGGGCUAGUGAAUGCAGGAUGGCAGCGUUUUAUGCUGGGUUCCCUGAAACUGUGCCAGUUAGAACUGUGAACAGGCAGUGUUCAUCCGGUCUUCAGGCAGUUGCUGAUGUAGCUGCAGCAAUUAAAGCUGGCUUUUACGAUAUUGGGAUUGGUGCCGGGUUGGAAUCCAUGACAGCAAACCCAAUGGCGUGGGAAGGAUCAGUCAAUCCAAGAGUCAAGGCAAUGGCACAAGCCCAAGAUUGCCUACUCCCCAUGGGUAUAACUUCAGAAAAUGUUGCACAUCGGUUUAGUGUAACAAGGCAGGAGCAAGACCAGGCUGCAGUUGAUUCACAUAGAAAGGCUGCUGCUGCAACUGCUUCUGGUAAAUUUAAGGAUGAAAUAAUCCCUGUGGCCACGAAGAUUGUUGAUCCAAAAACUGGAGAUGAGAAACACAUGACAAUCUCCAUUGAUGAUGGAAUCCGUUCAAACACAACAUUGUCAGGUCUGGCAAAGCUGAAGCCUGUAUUUAAGAAAGAUGGGACAACUACUGCUGGAAACUCUAGCCAAGUGACUGAUGGUGCUGGAGCUGUCCUCCUGAUGAAAAGAAGUGUUGCAAUGCAAAAGGGAUUACCAGUUCUUGGUAUAUUCAGGACUUUUGCUGCUGUUGGCGUAGAUCCUGCAAUCAUGGGUGUUGGCCCUGCUGUUGCGAUUCCAGCUGCAGUGAAGUCUGCUGGUCUUGAACUUGAUGACAUUGAUCUUUUUGAGAUAAAUGAGGCAUUUGCAUCCCAAUUUGUUUACUGCCGCAAGAAACUGGGUCUAGAUCCAGAAAAGAUAAAUGUUAAUGGAGGUGCAAUGGCUCUUGGGCAUCCUUUGGGCGCAACAGGAGCACGCUGCGUUGCCACAUUAUUGCAUGAGAUGAAACGUCGUGGGAAAGAUUGCCGCUUUGGUGUAGUUUCUAUGUGCAUAGGCACAGGAAUGGGGGCUGCGGCCGUAUUUGAAAGAGGUGAUUGUGCAGACGGUCUGUGCAAUGCAAGGAAGGUGGAGACCCACAAUCUCCUAUCCAAGGAUGCUCGGUAGAAUAUGAUUAUUGUUAGUCUGUUUCACAGAGCUUGAUGCUGGGUGUAUCCAACUGACCCUAAUAAAGUUGCUUAAUCAAUGGACGAAGCCCAUAUAUAUUUAUAAAUUUUUUACGAACCUGCAAGUUUUAUGAUCA